UGGAUUUUGUGGGAAUGAUGCUGUUACUUUUACUGCAACUCUCUAUGUGGGGAGCAACUGGAGCAGACACCGGCCGAGAAGCAACUGUUUGUACAUCCAAUGCAUGUUUCUCUUUUCACAUGGAGGGAGUCAGCUUUGAAGACGCUCGAUUGAAAUGCCAUGGUGACGGAGGUUACUUGGUAACAACUAAAGACAAAAGCGAGAUAGCAGAACUUCAGUCAACCCUUUCACAGAUCGACGUAAGCCAUCGCUAUUUGGACUUCAAAUUUUGGAUCGGACUGAAAUUGCGUAAAGGCGACUGCAUUAUAAGGGACAUGAGUCUCAACGGUUUUAAGUGGAUAUCUGGAGGGGAAUAUUCACAAUAUUCGAACUGGGAGAAGGAACCUCGCAGCACCUGCACAGAGGAGCGUUGCGUGUUGGUACAUUUUUCUUUAUGGAGUCGCAAUGAAUUGAAAUGGACGGAUGGAUCUUGCAAAGACAAGGCUUUUUACUCGUGCAAAUUCUAUUUCAAGGGAAUGUGUAAACCUUUGUUGUUGGCAGGAGGAGAGCAAGUGAAUUACAUGCUCCCAUUCUCAGCAAAUCCAUUAAAUGAUGAUAAUAACAUGACUGCAUUCCCAUUUGGAACAUAUGCUGAUAUAAGAUGCAAUGACAGUGAUCACUUUUCUAUUUGUAAAUUAACGGAUGGUGUCUAUGGUUGGACUAUCCCUGGUCCGUUUUGCGGCUCAGAUAAACAGAACUGUGGGUAUAAAAACGGUGGAUGUGAUCAUUUGUGCGUUGAUAGUGACGCUGGUGGUGUCCGUUGUGGAUGCAAGGACGGUUAUGUGUUAGGACAGGACACAGUAUCAUGUGGCCUAAAGGAAUAUUGUCACAGUUCUCCAUGCCAGUACCAAUGUGUAACAGGACCAACGGGCUUCUCGUGCGUAUGCCCAAACGGCUUCCAAUUGGAUAAAGACCAAUUUGGUUGUAUUGAUGUUGAUGAAUGCUACAUUAAUGCCUGCGGUGGUCAUCAUUGCAUCAAUACCCAAGGCAGUUACACAUGUAGGUGCAAGGGAGGCUACACAAUGGUUGAUGGCAAAUGCCACGAUAUAGACGAGUGCACGGAAUCUAGAUGUCCCCAAAUAUGUCUUAACUCUGAAGGAUCCUUCUCCUGCCAUUGCAUCCCGGGGUUCACUGUGUCCGAGGACGGUCAUACUUGUAUAGACAUAGACGAAUGCUUCAGUAAUCGAUGCGAGGACAAAUGCACUAAUACCAUUGGUAGUUUCAGGUGUUCCUGCCAUCAGCACUUCCGGUUACACCCUAAUGGAAUCACCUGCGUUCGAGAUGUGACUGUUGUCUCCACUGCGGAGACGUCAAGUGAUCAUAGAGACACUGACCAACACGACGAGACCAUGGACACUAUAACCAUAUCGCCGGUUGAAUAAAAUAGAGACUCAGUUCACCCACGGACCACCUCAAGACACUAUUAGGCACGACAUUACGCAUGACAUUACGCAGCACAGGCCGUCCAGCAAAACCAUUGGAAUGAGUGGGCCAACGCAUAA